AUGGAAUCUCCCAAUGUCAACGUCCUAUUGACGUCCUUCCCGGGACUUUCCCUUCCAUCGACCCUGUCAUUCACCUUACCUUCGACAUCCAGCAUCUCCGACUUGACAGAGAAGGUCGCCUCAUACCUUCCAUCUUCAAUCUCGCUAGAGUCUCUCGCCCUCACCACAACAAGCAACAAGUACCUUACGCCCGCAAACUGCGCCAAAUCGAUCCUCUCUAUCUGCGAUGGCGCGUCUACCUCUACUCUCCUUCCCCUCCGUCUCACAGCCCCAGUGCGAGGUGGAAAGGGUGGUUUUGGAUCUCAGCUGCGUGCGGCAGGUGGCCGCAUGUCUAGCAAGCGCAAGCGCAAUCAAGGCGACAACAACAGCUCCAGCCGAAACUUGGACGGCCGCCGACUGCGUACCGUCAACGAGGCGAAGGCCCUCGCAGAAUACCUUGCCGUCAAGCCUGAGAUGGACAAGAAGGAAAAAGAAGAGCGCCAGAAAAGGUGGCAAGCUGUUGUCGACAUCGCCGAAAAGCGCCAAGAAGAAUUGAAGAACGGCUCUGGCAAGGCAAAGAUCGAUGGCCAGUGGAUGGAAGAUAAGGAUGAGAUGAAUGAGAAAGCCCGUGAGGCAGUUUUGCAGGCUAUGAAGGACGGUCAAUGGACGGACAGCCUCCGUGACGCCAUUCUCGGUGGAUCCAGUACUAGCGCUAGUGAGGGCAGUGAGGAUGAUGGUUCAUCCAGUUCUGAGGAUGAGAAUGAAGAAAACGGCGAGUCGUCGACUGCUGCGGGUUCAUCUGUCCCACAAAGGGCGGCGCCCCGGAAGUUCAUUGGAUUCGAUGAUGAUGACGAUGAGUUCAUGAGCUCUUCUGAAGACGAGGAGAUGGAAGACAUCGACAAGGGGAAAGGGAAGGCUCGUGCUUGA